AUGGAUGGUGGUGGUAAUUCUAGAGAUGAUAUGGGUGGUCCACGAAAUUCACAACCAGCUUCUACAAAAAAGUUGCAGCAAACACAAGCAACUGUUGAUGAGGUUGUGGGAAUAAUGAAAGUAAAUGUAGAAAAAGUAUUGGAAAGAGAUCAAAAGUUGUCAGAAUUGGAAAAUCGUGCUGAUGCUCUGCAACAGGGAGCUACUCAAUUUGAACAACAAGCAGGCAAAUUGAAAAGGAAAUUUUGGUGGAAGAAUCUCAAAAUGAUGAUCAUCAUCGGUAUUAUCUGCGUAAUUAUUUUAAUCAUCAUCAUUGCUUCAAUUGUGUCAGGCUCGUCGGAUUCUGACAAUUCCUCUAACUGAUAGCAUUAUACCAAAUGGAAUAUAAAUGCUCUGGAUUUGUUAUUUUGUGUCCUAAAAUGAAAGUUAACCUCACCAGAGUAAAUGUUGGGCGCACAAAGUUAGACAUAAUGUGAUCGUUAAAAAUCAAGAUCCGUACGGACUUGUUUGAACGAAUUACGAUGAAGUAAUAUGAAAAAAAAAAAAGAAAAAAAAAAGAAAGAUAAGAAAAAAAAUAUAUUUUUGAGACUUAAACUUAUUCAAGCGCACAAUUAUUAGAUUAAUUGCGCAGUAUUAAUAUGGGUGGCCUUUUGUAAAACUGUGAAUGGACAAUACAUUUCAUAAUGUUAUCUUGUUAAAAUGCUUAUUGUACAUUUAUUAAUGAUAUAUAAUAUAUAAUAUAACGUUUAUACUUUU